ACUAGAAGUGGAAGACCAACGCGUGCCAGCUCGCGUUACGCGGACGAUGACACGGGUGGAGUUGGAGGUGGAGGUGUAGGUGGAGGUGGAGGACGUGGUGGAGGUGGAGGACGAGGUGGAGGUGGAGGUGGAGGACGAGCUGGAGGACGAGGCGGAGGUGGAGGACGAGGACGAGGUGGAGGUGGACCUUUCCUUGGUGACAUACCCUCUGCUUCUGGCGACGUGGCUUCCCAGUCCGCUCACACACAGUCUACUGAGGGGGAGAUGGAGGUGGAGAUGGAGGUGGAGGGGCAGGACGAGGAGGCGGAGAGGGAGAUGGCGCCGAAGAAGUUGCGCAUUCGUGGUGAAGCGCAAGUCCCUGAUGAGAGGAGGGAGCCUACUAGCCACGAGGCGAAAGCCCUCAUCAUCCCGAACGAAAAAGACAAUUGGACAUAUGACAAGGGGGUUCGCCAGCCGUCGAGCAUGAUUGGAGCUCUUAUUAGGCAGUAUUGGCCGGGCUUUUACACUCCGGUCCCCGGCGGCGAGAAGAAGCUAGCCGAGACUUGGGCGGACUAUGAGGCAGCUCCUUGCCCGGGCUUUGGGACAGCUUCUGACGCCGUGUACACCAAGUUUUGGACCCAUUAUAAGGUGCCUGAUGAUAUGGUUGAGCAAGGGAAGGCGGUACUGACUAGGGCUUGUCAGAGGUUGACAAGGCAACAGUGGUACAAUCAGAAGCAUACCUGCAUCGGGCACUUCAAGGCUGAGCAGGGCACGAGGGUCAAGAAAGCUGACAAUAUCAGGGACGAUCCUCAGCUGACGAAGGAAGAUUACUUGAAGGUUAUGCCCCUAUGGUGCGAGAAUAAGGAAGACGCAUUUGAGGCCUUGGUAGCGAGGUGGGUUGGCGAAGACGCCGACUUCAACGCCAAGAGCGUGCGCAACAAGGCAAACCGGGGCACUGGAGGAACACACAGUGCGGGAAGCCGCAGCACUGAGCGCUACAGGAAGCACAAGGAGGCGGAACUCGGGGAGCCUCUCACCGAGGUGGGAAGGUGGCAGAAGAUGAAGCUGAAGCAGCCCGAUCUGAGCCAGCAUCAGCCCUCGCUGCCCGAGUACUUCGGCUAUGCCGAAGAGGAGUUGGAAAAAAACGCUAGGCUCGACCCGUGGAUUGCAUCCCGCGACGCGACGAAGCGGCACUCCCUCUCGUCUUUCGGCUCUCGCGAUAGCGGCGGCGGCGGGCGGCGGUGA